CGCGUCGUAUUAAUAGAAUGGUGGAUUUUCGACUUAGUAAACUCGAUUGUUCAACAUCAAAUUAAAUCGAUUUUUAUGUAUCGAUGUGUUUGAAGCAUCAAACUUCAUCUAUGCCGAGCAACACCGUUGUCUAAAUUGUCUUUCAUUAAAAUUUUACAAAGAACUCGUUUUGAUAAAUUUUACACAAAAAAGUUAUCGUUAAAAUUUGAGUGCGUAUACUUUGAAUUGAAAUCAAGACAAAGCUCAAUAGAUAAAAAUGGCAGCGAGCGACUCCGGGACGGAUGAAUCAUUGUAUCCGAUUGCCGUUCUCAUAGAUGAGCUGAAGAAUGAGGAUGUACAGCUUCGUUUGAACUCUAUAAAGAAGUUGUCGACGAUCGCGUUGGCUCUGGGCGUGGAGAGGACUAAAUCGGAGUUGAUCCCGUUCCUCACUGAGACAAUCUAUGAUGAAGACGAGGUUCUCUUAGCACUAGCUGAACAACUUGGUAGUUUCAUCAACUUGGUCGGCGGAGGAGAGUUCGCACAUUGUCUUCUUCCACCCCUGGAGACAUUAGCAGCAGUUGAAGAGACAGUAGUCCGAGAUAAGGCAGUGGCUUCACUCCGUGCCGUUGCCGAGCACCACAGCCCGCAAGCACUCGAGGAACACUUUGUGCCACUAGUACAGCGCCUUGCUGGAGGAGACUGGUUCACUUCAAGAACAUCUGCUUGUGGACUAUUUAGUGUAUGCUAUCCACGUGUCUCAGCACCUGUGAAGGCAGAACUCCGUCAGCAUUUCCGCUCCCUCUGUCAAGAUGAUACUCCGAUGGUACGCCGCGCUGCUGCCUACAAACUUGGAGAGUUUGCGAAAGUUGUGGAGAUUGAAUAUGUUAAGAGCGAUCUUAUUCCCAUAUUUGUGAUUUUGGCAGAGGAUGAUCAAGAUUCCGUUCGUCUGUUGGCUGCCGAAGCCUGCGCGGCUGUUGCGGCUCUAUUGACUCCUGAGGAUAUGGAGCAGCAUGUGAUGCCAACUGUACGCGCACUGUCCGGAGACGCUUCUUGGAGAGUCCGAUAUAUGGUUGCUGAUAAGUUCGUAGAGCUGCAACAAGCUGUAGGCCAGGAACUAGCUCGUACAGAUCUAGCACAGAUCUUCCAGGCACUGCUCAAGGACUCGGAGGCUGAGGUUAGAGCCGCAGCUGCUGGGAAGGUCAAGGACUUCUGUAUGAACUUGGAUAAAGCUCACCAAGAACACAUCAUCAUGACCAUGAUCUUGCCACAGAUCAAGGACUUGGUGUGUGAUGCCAACCAACACGUCAAGUCUGCACUAGCCUCCGUCAUCAUGGGCCUGAGCCCCAUAGUGGGCAGACAGAACACUAUUGAACAUCUCCUGCCGCUGUUCCUCACACAACUGAAGGAUGAAUGUCCCGAAGUCCGACUCAACAUAAUCUCCAACCUCGAGUGUGUGAAUGAAGUGAUCGGCAUCCAACAGCUGGUGCAGUCUCUCCUCCCCGCCAUCGUGGAGCUGGCAGAGGACACCAAGUGGAGGGUCCGUCUGGCCAUCAUCGAGCACAUGCCUCUACUGGCGGGACAGCUGGGCCAGGAGUUCUUCGACGAGAAGCUGACCAGCUUGUGCAUGUCGUGGCUGGUGGACCACGUGUACGCCAUCCGCGAGGCUGCGACCCUCAACCUGAAGAAGCUGGUGGAGCAGUACGGGCCGCAGUGGGCAGAGAACAACGUCAUACCCAAAGUACUGAACAUGUCGCACGAGCAGAACUACUUGCACAGGAUGACGUACUUGUUCUGCAUUAACGUGCUGUCCGAAGUGUGCGGCAAGGACAUCACGACCAGGGUGCUGCUGCCGACCGUGUUGUCUAUGGCCGACGACAAUGUUGCCAACGUGCGGUUCAAUGUUGCCAAGACGCUGCAGAUAAUGGCUAAGUACUUGGACCCGGCCGUCAUCCAGCCCCAAGUCAAGCCGGUCCUGGAGAAGCUGAACGUGGACCCCGACGUCGACGUCAAGUACUUCGCGUCGGAGGCGAUCGCCGGAAUAGCUGGAUAACUAAUACUUAAUAAUAUAGGAAAUUUUACAUAAGGGCCCGAACAUCAGAACUGUAUUAUGGAGUAUUAUUGACUCUUGGUUUUUUUUAAUGACGAAAAAAUUUGAACAUAUAAAACAAAACGCAUAAUUAUUCUAAACGUUCAUCAUGUAGCUAGUUAAAUAAACUUUGCAAUAAUUGAAAAGCCCUAGUUCAUUCCCCACUAUGUUUAUAGAUAAAAUGAAAAAAAAAUCUUUUUAUACUUAAGGACUGGUUUAGUCGUCCAAGAUUAACGUACAAAAUUCCACCAUCGGUGGAAAAGCGAGGUUUAUCUAUAUAUAUAAUUAUUAGGUGUUAGGAGACCGCUUCCGAAGUCGAAGACAGACUAUAGUACUAAUGACACUUUUGAAGAUAGGAUGGAAAAAAAAUCUUGAUUUAAAAAAAAGCAUGCUUUAAAAUGUUUUAUUAACAUUAUUUACUCUUCAUCAUGUUAGUAUAGGUAAAUGAAACGGUCGUUCCAUAAAAAAUACAUUACUUUACUAAAAAAAAGAACCAGCAAUGAAGCACAAAAUCAAAAACAGCUGAUGCUCGGGUUAACGAACGCCCGGCGCGGCGCUGACACCGCGCUCCCCAAAACUUACAACUAUGUAGGUACAAAAUUUUCGUUUUCGGACACGGUCUCCCUAACAUCCAGUAUAUAACCCAAGCACAUUUACAUUGUGCCUUGGAUAUAAUAACAAAACCAUUGUUUUUUUUUUUUAAUAUUGUCUUGAGAGUUAUUUGUGAAAAUAUCCCGAAUAGCAACCACAUCUACAUGUCGAUUUUAAACCGACAAACGAUCAAUUUGUUUGGCUGGUUCACUUCGAGUGUGGAUGACAUGUUUUGUUUGCGGGUAAAUCAGAUGUAUCGCUAGAUACGUGUUCGCGUAUGCUAAAUGUUGCCAGCUUUAAUGUACACAGAUAAGUUGAUGUUGACUUCCAGCGAACAAACUAGAAGUUGUACGGGUGCGUUAGUGCAUUUUAUAAUGUAAAUACGAUUUCUGAGCGAUUUGAUAACUACGAAAUAAAAUAAGAAAAGUAA